AACAUUUCCAGAACACCAGGCUGCUAUCUUCAAACUUACUUCUACCUCUAAUCUUUCGCAGCCGCUUACGAUUUGUGGACAUACAAGGCAUUAACAUGACCAAUCCCAACCAUUUAUGAUGCUGUUGCUUCCGUUAUGGCUUCGGGUUCUCAAGGCGACAAACAGUCGCUAAAUGAGCUUAGUGUUGGUCCAUUCGUGCUUCGUACUCUUUUCGCGGAUGUUCCGCUAUCAGAAGAUGGCACCAAGGACGAUAUCAAGAUCAAUUGCGUUGAAUAUUUAGAUGACCAUCUAUACGUAGGCACUUCCGACUCGGAACUUCUUCACUUUUUCCAGAUACCUCCAGAUCCUGCCGACAAAUCUGGCGUCCCGACCUUUAUUCUCGCAUCGAGACUGCGCCCAGCCUUUUCCGAACCCUCCGGAACAUCCAAAGCUACAAGACCCGGUGUUCAACAGAUCUUAUUAUUACCUGCAGUCGGCAAGGCUUGUAUUCUAUGCAACUGGACUGUCACCUUCUAUUCGCUUCCAGAGUUAAGCCCGGUAUUUGGUACAACACAAGUAAAAAAAUGUAGUUGGGUGGGCGGCAUAGACCUAAACGCGGAUGAGACCGAUAACGAUGGACGAGGAGUCGCUAUACUGUUGUCAUUAAACCGGAGGAUUCAGGUCGUUCGCAUAGCCGACUCCCCCCAUCCUAUCAAGAACAUCGAUUUUGCGGGAAGCACAAUAUCCGUAAGAAGGGACUCGAUUGCCUGUGUAGCCGACUCGCGACGCUAUGCGCUACUCGAAAUCAACCAACAAUUGAAAAUCCCUUUGAUGUCUAUCUCUUCUCUAGAUGAGGCUGAGCCGGGUAACAUUGUUGGACAGGCCCAGCAUAUUUCGGGCAGCUCGGGUGGGGUGCUACGAAGUAAUUCCUCCGCUCAGUCUCGUCCCCAGACUCAGAGCCCUGACCCUCCCGCUCACAGGCGAGGCACUAGCUUGGGUGACUUUAUCACGGGAGCUAGCAGGAGGCAGGAAUAUCGCGCUGAAGAUGAAGAUCCUAUCUCCCGACAGCCAACUCCUGAAUCAACGGCGGGCCAGGCAUCAACCGAAGAAAAUACGGGAACGGGUGCUCUGACGCCCGAUGGUGCGGCCAAAGGUCAAACGGGCCAAGCGGGUCGAGUGACUCCAACCAAUAAGCCAUUACCGACCGUGCUUAAACCGCUCAUCGCAUCACCGAGUCCAGAAGAGUUUUUGCUAGUCACUGGUACGGGCCCGUUAGAGCCAGGUAUUGGUAUGUUCGUGAAUCUAGAUGGAGAUCCAACAAGACCUACUAUUGAAUUUGAUCGAUAUCCUAAAGAGAUCGUCGUCGAUGGAGGUUCUACGGAUAUAUCCUCGUCACGAGCAUCCCUCGGCCCGGAGGAAGAAGGAUAUGUUCUCGCAUCAAUGGGGAGGGAAUUCCCUGAUGGCGUCCAUUGUGGCCUUGAGAUCCAACGUUGGGAUAUGGAUGUGGCCGAGGGUGAUACGGCGAAACAUUGGCUCGAACCACCAAAUACUGGGUCAGUUAUUAAGUCUCCACAAAAUAUUGGGAUUAGGUCCCUUCAUGGAAAACAGGAUACACACUUCUCAGAAAUUGUGAAAAGAUUGUGUCGGCGGAGGUUCAGUCCGUUCUCGUCAGGCGGCGCAGAAACCCCCACGAUGUCGCUACGAAGUUUCGACUCAAGAACGGCCUCUACAAUGGAAAGGAUGUCGAAGGAGAGGGAGCUCUUCGAUAGGGAUACCGACUCCCAAAGCGAAGACUCCUUACCCGGGGGAUGGCAGGCAAUACGCAACUCCGAAGAGGAAGAUUUUGCGCGCCGCCUUGCUGGAACCACAGCCCGUUUAGCCGUAUGGUCUGGAAAGAAUAUAUGGUGGGCUGUUCGAAAUCCAUUAAUACUACGAUUAGAUGCGCAGCUUGAGGAGACGGUUGCCACGCCAGAUAGGGCUGCUGCUGAACGGCGAGACUUGUUUACUAUAUUGAACUCUUUCCGUGGUCAGGAUGCUAAAUCGGAAUUAGAGUUCCUAACUUUCAGCUAUAUACGACAACGAUUAGGAAUACUCUUGUUGAAAAGUUUCUUAAAAUCAGAAGAUACACCUUUUUCGGAAUCGGAAUUACGAGCUAUGGAAGAAAUAUUGGUUGAUAGCCUUCUAGAUCCUCGAGUUAUUUUGUCCCUUAUACCUGGGGUUCGUAACGAAGUCAUCGAAACGAAACGAGGCAUAUGGAUAUUUGGUGGUGUCAAGUCGACUGCCGAGGAAUUUAUCUCAAGUAGAAACUUCGACAAAGAUACUUCUACUAUGAAAGCGCUAUCACAACCUGUAUUACAUUUCCUUCGGCGUUUUCUGGCUGCCUGGCGGCGUAAGAAGGGUUUCGGCAGCAUACCUGACGAGAACGAGGUAUUUCGUACAGUUGAUGCGGCCUUACUUGCUGUUCUUCUCGAACUCGAUCAGCAUUCAGCCCCUGGUCCAGUCAAAGCAAAGUCGAUCCGUGCGGACUUGUACGAGCUUGUAGACAGCGGAGUCGACUGUUUCAAUAGGGCAGAGACACUGGUUGAGUCUUAUCACCGCCUUUAUGUGCUCAGCAGGCUGUACCAAAGCCGUAAGAUGAUUGCAGAUGUAUUGGCUACUUGGAGGCGUAUUAUUGAGGGUGAACGAGACGACGGAGGAGAAUUGAACGAUGGCGAACAGCGCGUGCGCGAAUAUCUUUCGAAGAUUAGUAACCAGGCCUUGGUCCAGGAGUAUGGGAUAUGGCUUGCGAAUCGCAACCCAAAACUCGGUGUUCAGAUCUUUGCUGACGACAAGACCCGCGCACCGAAAUUUGAGCCUAGCCAGGUGGUCCAGCUUCUUAGGGAGGAAGCCCCAGAUGCAGUUAAAUAUUAUCUUGAAUUCCUCGUAUUCGGCAAAGGACAUACUGUAUACGUAAACGAGUUGAUCACAUAUUACCUCGAUAUUGUGAUCAGUCACCUUCGAUCAUCGACUGAAGCCCGUGAGGUAGUGAUGUCUACCUAUACGGCGUACCGAGCUCUACAUCCUCCGAAACCGACAUAUCGCCAAUUUUUGACGGAUAAUGCUCCCCCUGAUGACGAAGCAUGGCAUAGCCGGCUACGACUCCUACAAUUACUCGGCGGUAACUAUGAUUACGACUCGGCAGUAAUUCGUGACCGAAUCUCAAGUCUAAGUAACACAGCCGACGAUCUCCUCGUACCCGAGACAAUUAUUCUCGAUGGUCGGGAACGGAAACACGAAGAUGCCUUACGCUUAUUGGUCCACCGGCUCGGAGAUUACGAUACAGCUGUGGCGUAUUGUCUCAGAGGCGGGGCCAGUAUCUACACCAUUUACCAGGCUCAACAAAACCAACCUCCUCCAAGUCCAGAAAGUUUCAAAGCCCCGAAACGCCGCGAUAGUAUGCCCCCGACACAAGACCAACAAGCUCGGCUUUUUCGUGCCUUACUCGGUGAAUUCCUCGAACUUGAAGACGUCAGCGACCGAGUGGAACAGACAGGCUUGCUCCUGGAAAAGUUUGGCGGGUGGUUUGAUGUUGGCGAUGUUUUAUCAGUGAUACCAGAUAGUUGGAGCGUGGAUCUAGUAUCGGGCUUCUUAGUAAAAGCACUAAGAAGGAUCGUGGUUGAGAAGAAUGAAACUACGAUCGCGAGGUCCCUUAGCUCGGCGCAGAACCUUCAGACACAACACGAUUUAAUCGUCCGGAUUGAAGAAAAAGGGCCUAGUAUUGAAACAUAGCGGUGGUGAUAGCGUUGGUAAUGGCGUAAAGAUAAUGACAAGACGUUUCGAGAGUAGUUGGUGUUGUCGAGGGUGACUACUUGAUAUAGCACAAGUCAUGAAUAUACAAAUCAUUUCAAAGUCACUGUGAGUGUUCCCA